UUAUCUCACCAACGAAAAACAUAACUCGCGAAACUCAGGGAUUUGGCCGAAGAGAGAGCAAUGGCGAAGAAAAAAGAGCUCUUAUCCAAAGCCCCGUGGAGAGGCGACGACGAUGACUCGGACAAGUUCAGCGGCGCAAAGCUCAAGGUCACCAAGGAAUCUGACGGUAUGUCGAAGAUGCACGUCCCUAGCCGUGGAGCCAAUAAGGUUAAGGGUAGUCUCUCCGAUGACGAGGAUUCCCUCGAGAUCGAUCCUCAGCUUCGCUACAGCUUCAAUCGAAACUAUCAGUUCCUGCAAAGAGUGUUCUCUAUAGACACUGUGGUGAAGCCACUUCCUCCUGCCAUGGCUUACAAUGUCUCUCGCAACUUGGGCUUCUUCUUCCGCAUUUUCACUCAGUUCUUUGAUCCUGAAGGCAUUGCAAAUGCACAGAAGUCUCUUGGCUUGGGACAGGAAGACAAAGCUCGUCGGGUUCGUUGAACACUUUUGAAUGAACCCAGCAGCGUUCUUGUUAUGUUAUUCAAAUGUCUUCUUAAAGAUAAUUUGUCUGCUUUUUUUUUUCAAAGUUCAUUGAAGAUUUCAAGUUAAGCGCUAGUUUACAUAUACCACAACAGUUUUUUU